ACACUGAUUCCGCUAUCAAACACACACUGCCAGUGCCACCCUAAGCCACGCAACACAGUCAUUCACCAUCGCAGUGGACAACAAUGACUAUCAAAUGUAUUCUGCAUUGGCAACCAAAUCAAGGAAGCGAGAUGAACAGCCAAGUCCUGGAAGAAAUCUCGCAGUGCGUGGAAACCCUAAACGGCGUCAAAGAAGGAAGUUGCAAAACCUCUCUCACAUUCUACAAGCCUAAUCUACAAGACCAGUCCGCGGUAAUGGAUUUUCCGCGCGAUUUUAUGGGGAUUUCGAUGCCGGAGCUUCCCAACAAAUACUUCUUAAUCAUUCGCGGCCAGAGGAUUGUUCUUGAGGCCGAUUCUUCUAUCUUGGUUAUCAUGGAGAAACUCCAGUCCUACAAGCCCAAAGCUAUCCUUAAUUUCGAAGGAGAGCUCUAUAAAUUGGGUGAUUUUCAGAUAAGAGUCAUUAAAGUUGUUCCCCAUCAAACAGAAACUCUUAAGGGAAUUAUGGUUGAGAUCGAUUAUCUCCCAAUUUCUUCAGUUGAAAAUUCCAAACAAAUUAUGAAGGAGUUCAUUGAUAUAUGGAAAGAAGUUGUAUCUAAAAAAUCAUUAGCAGGUGAAUUCACGCAUGCUGAAACAAAUUAUGCAGAAUAUGGACUUGGUGACAAUUAUACUUCUCAACAUACAGCUGUUCAGUAUGCUGCUGCUGCAUUGACCCAAUUGAUUCAGUCUUCCCAACUCCGGAGUUAGGAGCUAGGAUCAUUGUAGGCUUUCCAUUACCUUUUGUUACUUGAAAAUUGAAAGAUAUUACUCCUUUGUAUUGAGGUAUUGCCGUGAACAACCAAUUAUCCAAGUUUUCAAUAAAUUGACGUGUCUACCUCAAUUAUAUUUAGUUUUCUAUAACCAAUUAUCAACCUUUAAGAAGAAUUUUAAGUUCAUAUAAUAUGUGGAAUGGGAAUGUGUCGAUGCUGUAUUCUAAACAUCUAAGGC